ACACAAAAUCAAACCAACAGAAAACGCACAACGCACACAAACUAAAAAUCCUCUCUUGUGUGUGUGUGUGUGUGUGUGUGUGAUUCCAAUGGAAAACGAAAAGUGAGGCAUCCAACGAACUCCAUGGCCAUGGCUCUUCUUCUUCCUCAUCUCUUCCCCUCUCUCAUGCUUCACUGCAAAUCCAAACCCAAUCCCCUUCUCUUCUCUCACUUCAGACCCUCUUCUUCUCCUCUCUCUCUCACCGCCGCCGUCCACUCCCCUCAACUCGCCUCUCCCUCUGCUUCCUCCGACACGCACUCCGAUCAUCGGAGAGACGAUUUCUAUGUCAAUCUCGGCCUCGCCGUCAGGACUCUUCGCGAGGACCUCCCUUCAAUCUUCAUCACAGACCUCAAUUACGACAUUUACAGGGACGAUAUCACCUUUAUUGAUCCUUUGAACACCUUCAGCGGGAUCGAGAGGUACAAAUUGAUAUUCUGGGCGUUGAGAUUUCACGCCAGAAUUCUCUUCCGGGAGAUUGGGAUUGAGGUGUACAGGAUUUGGCAGCCUUCGGAGAACGUUAUACUGAUCCGGUGGAACUUGAAGGGCGUUCCUCGGGUUCCAUGGGAGGUGAGGGGCGAGUUUCAGGGCACUUCGCGAUAUAAACUGGAUCGAAAUGGGAAAAUUUACGAACACAAGGUGGACAAUUUAGCAUUUAAUUUCCCUCAGCAACUGAAACCAGCUGCAUCAGUGUUGGAUUUGGUUACUGCCUGCCCUGCAAGCCCUAAUCCAACAUUCUUGUGGGGGACAGAGGAAUUACAUUGUUCUUCCUGGGUGGAGCUUUAUCAGGCAGUGAGGACAAGUGUGGGUGGAGAAGGCUAUUUGAUUACACAAGAUGGAUUUCUUACAUGUUCAUAGUUUAUUGUUAUGCCUUAUCAUAUAGUUUCCACUUAGCCAUUUUGUUUUGUAUUCCCACAAUUAUUGAUAGCAAGCAGUAGAGUAAAACAAAACAGCAUUUGGAAAUAGAAAUGACCAAGUCCAGAAUGUCAUACGUGUCUCUGUUCUGUCCACAAUAUUGUGAAGAAAUAGAAAACAUUGUAGUGAACAA